UUUUUGUUUACAAAACUUUUAAUUAAUUUAGAUCAAUUGUAGAUCAAUUGAUUCUGCAGUUUUAAAAGGGCAUAUAUUACUUGUUGAACUGCGUGUAAUGCUAAAAGAUAGCAUUGUCAUUAUUGAUAAAAUGAUAAAUACAAUUAACAGUCAUGUUUAAGUCAGGUGUGUUGUUUGGGGAAGAAUUCAGCCAAUCAGAGAGCGCGAUGUGUUGACCCGGGGAGACAGAGUUUAUUUAAACAGGAAGUUAUUUACAUACAGGGCGCGAAAUUGUGAGCGUGCUUAUGCGUGAGGCGACUUGUCAGCCCCAAGCAUGGCGAUGUUGUUUGAUGAGAUCAGCCAGCACCUGGACUUCUCUAGCUAUGGAGAGGAGGGAAGCAGCAGCAGCAGCAGUGAGGCCAGCUCUGAUGACUGCACCUCCAGAGUAAAAAGUCCCAGGAUCCUAAGUCCCAGGAUCCUAAGUCCCAGCUCUGCGUGCAGGACGCCGAGGGUGCAGCGCCACCGUAGCAGAAGCAUCACCAUGUCCUCCCCUUCACAAUGCACCAGUCCCAUACCUAAUGCUUUCUGGAAUAAACUGAGACUGUGUGACUCUCCCAGUACACCCAAGAGUCUGCUCUCAAAGUCAUCCCACCCUUGUUCCACCUCUAAGAUGAGUUGCAAGCGGAGAAGUCUGCACCCUGCUUCAACUUUGGCAAACCGAUUCCAAGCACCUUCUGUCAACGUGAAUCCUUUCACCCCUGACACAGUGCGCAGGAAUAGUGAGCAGAAGUGGAGGAACAGCGGUGGGAGUGAUGACGAUGAAGAAUAUGGACGCAGGAUGAAACACAGUCUGACGUCAUCUGAGGAGGAUGAUGAGGCCUUUCUCCCACGAAAGAAGCGAGCUGUCCAAGCCUUCAUGCUGACACGCUAUGAGAGUGAGUUUCUGGAGCUGGAGUGCAUUGGCGUUGGCGAGUUUGGGGCAGUUUAUAAGUGUGUGAAGAGGCUGGAUGGCUGCUUGUAUGCCAUAAAACGCUCUCGCCGUCCCCUGGCAGGCUCUGCCAACGAGCAGCUGGCACUAAAGGAAGUGUAUGCACAUGCUGUUCUUGGGCACCACCCACAUGUUGUUCGCUAUUACUCAGCAUGGGCAGAGGACGAUCACAUGAUUAUUCAGAAUGAAUAUUGUGAUGGUGGAAGUCUCAGUGAUGCCAUUGUGAAGAAGCAGCAGGGGCAAUGCGAGUUGUUUUCAGUGGCAGAGCUGAAGGAUCUGCUCUUACAAGUGUCCAUGGGUCUGAAAUACAUCCACAGCUCAGGCCUGGUACACUUGGACAUCAAACCAAGUAAUAUUUUCAUUUGCCAGCGUCCCUGCACGACUGUGGCAGGUGAGGGGGAGAGCGAAGAUGAAGACGACCGCAGCACCUCUGUUGGAGUCGUUUACAAAAUUGGGGACCUGGGUCAUGUGACCUCAAGCAGCAAUCCUCAAGUUGAGGAAGGGGAUAGUCGCUUUCUGGCCAGUGAGGUCCUACAUGAGGAUUACAGUCACCUUCCCAAGGCAGAUAUCUUUGCUCUUGGCCUUACCAUGCUGCUGGCCGCUGGGGCUCCUCCUCUUCCACAAAAUGGAGAUGAGUGGCACAGCCUUAGAGAGGGGAAACUUCCCCAGCUGCCACAGGAGCUCCCAGCCUCCUUUAGAGGACUACUUCAGCUGUUGUUGGAUACGGACCCGAGAAAGCGACCAUCUGCCAGAGAGCUUUGCAAGCACGCGGCCUUAAGGGAGGAGAGGACUGGGAGGUUGGCUGCUCAGCUGCGCAGAGAGCUCAAUGUAGAGAAGUUUAGGACAGCCAUGCUUGAAAAAGAGCUCCAGGAGGCUCGUCAAGCAGCGUUGUCACCCAAACAGGGCCUCCCUCUCGGGCUGAAACCUGCUAAGAUGGGGCCUCUGGCCAAAUCAGGAAGGAGACUCGUUGGCAGGAACACAGCACGAUCAAUCACCUAUGAUUUCCACGGAUAAUUGUGACUGAUGGUAUAAUGGGGGACCGACUUGUGUAUGCCAGAAUACUUCUGAAAAUGACAACAUGGUUUGUGGGGCUUCAUAGGACUCAUGUAACUGAAAGACUGGGGCAGCACUUGGUCUAAGGGAUCAUUUCAACAUCUCAUCACUGCUGCAGAGCAUUUCCUCUGACCAGUCAAAGUUUUGUUUUAUUUUCUUUUUUAAUUGUAAAUAAACAUUUUAAGCAUUUUAUCAGGUGGGUUUAGUUUCUAAUUUGAAUCUCUGCAUGUCUUUUAACGUGUGUUGCUGUGUAAUGGAAAAAGUACUUAUAUUAAAAAAAAAAGAAAUGCUGUUUGCCAAAGCAGGUACUUUCCAGCGCAGUGUUCUUCUUAUCUACUGCUGCAGUGAACCAUGUACUGUGAUUAGGGGUAAGACAUUACACUGUAAUGUUCGUGAUUAUUAUUUUAACUUGGAUAAUAUUCAUGCAUAAUUUGAAGUAAUUCCAAGUUGUAUAUCAAACGUUCAAAACCUAGUUUCAUGACGUAAACGGUGAAGCUGUAACUAGAGGAAGUCCUGGGAAUACCAGUCAUUUGCAUACAGUACACCGUAGAUAAAUACAGGAAGAAAAUCUCUAUAUCAUAUGUUCUUCCAUCAGACCCACUCUCUCUAGUGGUAUUUGUAUUGUAUAAGUUGUUUUAUCAUUAUGUAGACUCGGACUCCCCGCCAUUAAAGUCUUGUGUAUGAGAUUUCCGACGGCUGUGAACGCGUCACGGUGCAUCUAUAGGGCUUACCCUCCAUCUCAGACAGACAGAUCCUCGCAAUCUGCUGUUGUUUAGCUGCUAAUUGCUCGUUAAUUUGUGGUGCAUUACUUACCAGUAUCUUGUGGUUGUAUGACGUGAAGGACCUUCGUACAAGGCACAAGGAACUAAUGCCAAGUGUGUUAAUCGAUGGAUGACCCGUGGAGUGUGACCAGUGAGCAGAACACCGCUCUGGUCAUUUUGGCCUUUCUUCAGUCGGAUUGUAGAAAUUCCGACUACAGGGAUGAGCUCGUCUCUCUGGGUAAGGAUUUAAAUUACACCCGGGACAUCAACUGCAAUGGCCGCUUCAUGGACGACGGUGAUCUAGAGACGGAUGGUCACUCGCCCAGCUCAGUCUUUCUGAACGACAUCCUGCCUGUAGUGGAGCUGCAACGGCCAAGAAACCAUGAAGCUGCAGAAAGCCUUCAUCAGGUUGCAGAAGGACUGAGAGAAAUUGCAGCCCAGAUUGAACAAAACAUUGUGGCUCAAGCUACAAGGAACCUGAGACAUAAUAUAUCAACCACCCCUACUGAGCAGUGGAAAAAUCACCUGGAGGUGGAGGUAGAGCGGGUGAUGAGGCAGGGCGUGGGACUGGAGCAUCUACCACAAGAGAGAGUGUUCAUAGCUCUCACUCUCACCCUGGUGAGGGGAGUGUGUGAGCAGGUCCCAGGGUUGUUGAGAAACCUCUUCAAUGCUGCACUGCAGUACAUCAACCCUAUAACUGCCAGGUGACCUUUGAGCUGCAGGAUGAAAGGGGAAAAUAAAACUGUAUCUUUUCUUUUUGUACUUGAAAUUUAUUUUUUGCAUUCCAUUAUUUUGAUUUAUUUCCGCAAUACCACUUAAAUAAAUAUACAGUAUUACUCCUGGGAUUUUAGUUUUCUUUCAGUCUGAAAAUGAUAGUCCAUUAAUGUAAUUGAAACAUUUAAAUAACACUGUAGCAUUAAUAAUACCAUAUCCAUAAUGGUAUAACUGUUCCCAGUUCAAAUUAUGUAGUGUAGUAUAGUCAAGGUGCCGUUAUCAGGGGCUUUUCAGUUCAUGCUGCCAUGCACUUUUAUCAGUUUCCCUUUUAAAGCAAGCAUCGUUGAAAUUGAUUGACACAAUUAUGUAAAACUGAGAAAUCCCUUGAAACCAAAUGUUUCACAGAUGUGUUUCAAUGCCAUGUUCAACAACCAUACAUACGUUUUCAUGGUGUUAACUCACAAUGACACUGUCACCUUAUGUAUUAUUUAGACGACUACAAAACUAAGACGCAUGACUUUCUAGCAAAUGUUUGACAGAAAUAACACAGGUGGUCAAAAUGUUCCUAAUAAACUUUGUUUCAUUUUACUUUACACAAUAUUCUCUGUAAACAUAAAUGUUUUGGAGCUGUUUUGAUUGAUUAAAACAGAGUGGACUGCGA